GAUGAUCAGGCUGGUCACGCCGCCCGACAUGAACGAGACGAGGAUGUUUGACCUGACCGCUGGAGAAGACGAAUUCCUGGGAAUGAUCCAGGAAGUGGAUGACGAGAGCUAUGCGGUGCUGAUGGUGAAGGGCGAGAACGAUGGGCCAUACUAUGAUGCCUACGAGCCCUCGGUGGAGGAGAUUGGAAAGGCCACGUUGGUGGCUAUGGACUUGGAGACGGAGGACGAGACCUACCAGGUCAACAUGGUGACGAACGAAGAGAUGGAUCAUGGGUGGUCCAAGGUGUUGAUGACGGUGGACUCCGGAGCGGACAUUUCAGUCCUACCGGAGGAGUUUGCUGGAGUUGGAGAAGAAGCCCAGAGCGGUGGACAUAUCAUCAUGAAGGACGCUCAGGGCAACAUCAUCCAGCAGAGCGGAACAAGAAAGGUGAACUUCGCCAUGAUGGGCAAGGACGGAAUCCCGGUGAACUUUGUUGAGAAGUUCAUCGUGGGAAAGGUGAAGCACCCCAUCCUGUGCGCUGGACGUCUCCUUCGCAGUGGCUGGGAGAUGAGAAGAAGUGAGGAUGGGCUGAACCUCUGGCACAAGCAAGGGGUGGAGAUCCCAUUGGAGAUGAGGAAGAACAGUCUGCAGGUCGUGGCGGAGAUCUGCUCGGUGGAGGCCGAGGACAACGAGCAUGAGGAGCUGGAGAAGACCCCCGGUUGGCACGUGUUGCCAAACGGCCUGGCGGCCUACAGUGAUCCGGUGGCUACACAGCUGCUGGACCCGUCAGGCACCUUUGAGUGGAAGGCGAGGAUGACCUUCAUGAAGACCAAGGAUGGCAAGUGGAUGCAAGUCGAGAACGUGAGCGACUACACGGAGCUGGGGAACAUGGCGUUCAGGCGGUUUGGCCCCACAGAAGAUCCGCAAAGGACCAUCACCGUGGUGGCCCCGGCGAAGAUGAAGGACUACUUCGAGGUGGACUCAGAAGUCCAGGUGGCACCAUUCCCCACUACGUUCAGAGAGCUCCAAUCAGAUGAGCUUGGCUGGUCAGAUGAGGAAGUCGGAGUUGGAAAUGAGGAGAUGAUGCGAGAGGCGCCAGCAGAAGGUCAUGAAGACGAGACAGCAGCUGAGGAGCGCGGUGGACAGCGCAAGGAGGUGGAAAUGGAUGCAAUCAGGUACAGCCUCGACAACUCCCUGAAGGAAUUGCGAGAAGGGUGUGAGAGGCACGGCUUGCCUACCUCAGGGAGCAAAUCCAAGCUGCUCAUGCUCAUGAGGCUGGACAACUUCAGGAUGGACCUCGAGGCCAAGAUGCAGACAGAGAUUGCGAGAAAGCUGUACCGCGAGAAGGAGCGGAAACCUGUGCCUCUGGGCAUUCCCAAGAGGCCAUCUCUGGAGCAGCAGAACGAGCACAACCUCACGCACUACCCUUUCGCCGGUUGGUGCCAGGCCUGCCUCAGCACGCGAGCAAAGGAGGAAGUCCACAGGAGAGACGCCCGGAAGGACGUGGAAAGCACCAAAACGGUGAUCAGCUUUGACUUCGGCUACACCUACGUGGACGAUUACGGCAACGAGAGAAGCCCAGAGGAGGUGAGAGAUGCGGAUGAUCAGUACGGCACUGUGCUGUAUAUCGCUGAUCAUCACACGAAGGCGGUUCAUGCAGCGCCUGUGCUGAGCAAGGGAGCCCCCAACCUCAAGUUGAUGGUGGAGGAACUGGUCAGGUUUGGCAUGCAGGUGGCUGGAGGAGACCCCGUGAUUUAUCAGAUUGAUGGGGAGAGGUCAACAAAGCAGCUUCUCCGAGCUGUUCAGCACUGCAGGGCCAACCUAGGCCUAGAGACCAAGAUCCGCAUCUCAGGAGUGCAGCAACAUGCCUCGAACGGGCAAGCAGAGAGGACAGUGCAGAGUGUGAGAAGGCUGGCAAAUUGCCUCAGGUACUACGCGGAGGAGCAAGCCCAGGUGACGAUUUUGGGCAACUCGCACGUCUACCCAUGGAGCUUCAGACACGCUUCAUGGCUGAUCAACCGGUACCGCGUGCUGGAGAAGGAACGGAGGACGAGCUUCGAAGUGUGGUCAGGCGGUGCUGUGGAGUCAAGGACUGUGAAGCGGAUCCCGGAUCAGUUCAUCGGCACCGACCUGGUGAUUGUGAAGGGACUGCCCUGGAACUACUCCGCCUCCGGGGUGCUCAUGAAGAAGACAGGACCUCGAAGGAGGACCGCGGUGGCAGCUGACGAGGCAGAAGAAGGCGAGAAGAUCGAGCUGGACAAGGCUGAGGAGCAGAUAGAGGAGAAGAAGGCAAAGGAGGCUUCUGCUGAGCGACAGGCACGAGAAGCCGGGAUGGCAGUGGCUCUUGGGCUGGCCACCCCAGGACUCUUCGGAGGAGGACAGACCCCAGCCAAGACUGGGUUGGUCACCCCGAGAUUUGCGGAGAAGAGAAAGGCCGAGGAGCCCGAUGAGGAAGGAGUUGACGAGUUCAGCAUCAACGAGAUUACGGUGAUGCCCCAUGGAGAUAGCAACGCCUGGGAUGAGAUCGAGAACAUCGGUGAGCUCGAUAUGAAUGAUUGGGGACCAGAAGAUCCCGACGGUUUGGAGACGGUGGACGAUGAGAUGCAGGCGAUGCCUGCCUUGAUUGAGCUGCAGCCACAUGAGGAGAACGACUACAACGACAUCACCACCAAGAUGGUCAUCACUUGGAAGAAGAGAGAGGCAAUUCCGCUGGAGCAUAGAUGUGCUCUUGCACCGGCAGCCUGCUGCCCCGAGCACUACGGAGUCCAGGUCAUCGAUGUCAAGGAUGCUUUCCUGAUGGUUCCUCAGCCGGAGGAUGAGAAAGCAUCGGUGACCUACAGAGGGAAGAGAUACAAGUUGGUGAGGUGCCUUCCGGGGCAGAGGACGGCAGCGAACAGGUGGUACAUCCACUUCAGGGAUGCUGCACGCGAGUUCGGCAUGGUGGACGACGUGAUGCAGCCUACCCUGAUGAAGCUGGACAGUGGACGACCUCCUGAUGGUCGGCACUGA